UAUACGACUUUAGUGUAACGCAACUCGCCUACUGCUCUGCUGCGAAAUUCAUCUCUCUUCUUCUUCUCCUACUUCUGCGUAAUUUCCACCUGCAACUAAUUCAAAUUGCCUACUUUGAUGAGGACAAGGUGGUCGGAAUAAAUAUGGACCGUGUCGUAGCGGAGGGGGAGGAGGAGGUGCGGGAGGAGAGGGCGCUCUACAGGUCGUGCCUACCUCUGGAAAUCCCAUGUAUUUUGAACCAAAUCCUGCGAUACUUACCGUACCAAGAUCUUCAAUCCUGUCGUCUAGUCGCCCAGCAAUUUAAUGAGGAGGCAUGUCGGGUGUUGCGGAAAAGGUCGAAAAUCGUUCUCAGCAGUCCUAAACGUUUCAUUGCGUUCAAUUUGGAAAUGCUAAAUCCGCUGAAGGAGAAUCGUUACUGUGAACAUUUCCAGCUCAUCAACGCCCACGUGACGACGCCAGCGGUGACCAUGUUUCUCGACAAAUUUCAAAAAUGCAUAAAAUCCUUUGAGCUGAAAGAUGCAAAGUGGAGUUGCCACGAGUUGACGACAAUCUUGACGGAGACUGUGAAAAAUUUGGAAGAGUUGAUUCUCCACGGUGCUAUUCCGAAGGACUCGCCGCGUCUCUUUAUGACCGAGAGUGAGGAAGCGGAACAGAAUCUAAACCCAAUUCUGGUCGGGGCCCUCUCUCGUCCCCUCGUCCAAACGCCCCAAAAACCUAUACCAAAGUUACCAAACAUCAAGCAACUAGAUUUACAACUUUAUGAUAAGCUUCCUGACGAUGAAGUCCUUUCCCAGUUUGGUGCUGACCUUCUCAAAGCUGCGUACAAUCUGGAAGAACUGCGAUCUCGAGAUACUGGAAAGUGGCGAAGUAAACGAGAGCGAUUUCAACGGAUCCUCUUUGAACUCUUGAUAAGCCCUGAGGCUGACAUAGUCCUGCCCAAGCUGAGGAAAGUGGCCUUCUCGUUGUCUCCCUGGAAUGACGAGCAGAUCAAGAGGCUCGCCAUGAAACAGUUUCCUCUCCGAUAUCUCAGUCUGACAAUCCUCCCCGACAUUUCUGCCCACGCUCUCACCUCCCUCUUGAUCUCACUCAAGGACACACUGACCAAGUUGAAGCUGUCCUUUACAUCCUGGCGCAUCAUGGAGUUCCCCGUUGAACUCCAGCUCCACAAGUUGCAACACUUAUCUCUCGACUGGUUCAAUGGGUCCAUUUCGUUCAUAUCACGGAUGGAGAAUCUCCGCACCCUCGUCCUCGCACAGAUCGACUUGAACGAAAUGUUUAACGAGAGCGAGUUUACCAAGUUUAAGCGACCAAUCCGCACCCUCUCCAGUGUCGAAGUCUAUCAGCACUCUGGAACUCCCGUGACGAGCAGUGUAGUCAGAAACAUGUCCACUCUGUUUCCCAGAGUGACGACGUUGGUCUUGGGGAAACUGGAUGACGACUCGUUGCGCACCGUCUUCACGGUGUAUCCACUGUUGGAAUCUUUCUCCGCUAUUGAGGGAGCUUUUUCGGAUUUUGGCGUCAUCGGAGUGGACACCGAGGUGUGCAGUGUGUGCAAAAAGGAGCAUUUAUCCGAGCUAUGUAAAGGGGUUUACUUUGAGGAGUUGGUCAACAAGAGGCGGAAGCAUUGCUAUGUUGCAGAUUUGCAGCAUUUGAGAAAAUUGGUUCUGAGAUCUCCUCAGCUGACCAAUUUAUCUGUGAUACAUGGGGUUGCGCACUGUCAUCGGUUGAAAUCUUUAUCACUGUGGAGCUAUGAGAUGAAUUUCCGCUCCUUAAAAAAGAUCGUGGAUACUUUCAAUCUCGACUAUCUCGAGACGACGCAUACAUUCGGUCACAUCGCGGAAAUACAGUAUGCCCUGGCGAAAAUGACUUUGAAAAAGUUUAUCCUAAAUGGAAUCGUGGCACCCACGUUCGUUCCCAGCAUCUCACCCGAAAUCCGAGAUUUCCUCACGCAAUUUCACGACAAUGUGUGUCGCAGCAUCAUCUCGCACAUGAAGCACAGGUCCAGCCCACCCUACGACCAUGAUCUUACGAUCUACCACAACAUGCGGCACCAACACCGACAAAACUUAUUUCUCAUUUACGAAGCUUGCAUGGCAGAGCAGUACGCUUUGCAGGGUCUCAUUAGUAUUGGAAAUGCCAUUUAAAGCAGGGGACCGACCGACCGACAGAAGAAGACUGAUUCAUUCUGGGGAGUUAAUUAUUAUUUUAUGGUGGAUGAUAAUCAAAUCAUGGUCCUACAUAAAUCUAUAUAUCUUCUAAAUACAUAUAUAUGAAGCAACACAGAUUUUGUGAUUUACAAUUUUCAUUAAGUUUUAACCCAUUAAUUCAGAUACGUGGUCUUCCACUCUUUUGAACCUGUAUAUUUAUUACUUUGAUGAUUUCUCAAUGUGCAAUAUGCGUUAGUAAGUAGAUGAAUUAGUAUAACUACUAGUUGAAAUUAGCUAUGUAGCCAAUCCCAUCCAUCCACAGACAGAGUAGUAAAUUUAUGGGUGUAAUAAUCACAAUACCACCAAACUCAUCUUUUUAUCAAUCACAACUUGCAAUCAUACUUAAAUAUGCCAAACCCUACUCUUGAUUUUACCUCAGUAAUAAAUAUUAAAUUGAAUCCGUG